AGGCUGAGAAGGAGGAGAAAGAGUGAGCGGGACGCCGCACCGAUCCUCGCUGCUCGCCCUUGAAGGACCAAACCCAUCCGCACAGGAUUCCCAAUAAACAACUAAGAUUUUGUGGUUGGACAAUUGUGCACACCUCGUGAACUUUAACCCGAACUGCGGACAUGGAUAUGUGAAAUGGAAGUCUGCAAACACCCGUCACCAUUUAAAGUAGCUCAGAUUCACGUCCCGGAUAAGUUUUCAGAUGAAGACCACACCCGCUCUCCCUCACCUUCCUCUUCGCAUUCCCCGCCCACAUUCAGCCUAACGGUGAUCUGCCCCGGCAACAACGGCGUCACCAGGAGGAAGACCGUCGCCCUUUUACGCGGACACCUCCCUGAAAUAUUUAAAGAGGUGGAAUGGCGACCCUGAGCCCGGCGUCCCCCUUUGAACUCCUACCUCCGCCGGCCACGGUGGGCUUCCUCAAGUUGUCCCGUCCGUGCUGCUACGCCUUCCCGGCGGGUCGCGGCGACUGCGCCUUCUUCGCCGUCAACGGCUUCACGGUGCUGCUGGACGGCGGCUCGGAUCCGCGGGCUUGCUUCUGGAAGCUGGUGCGCCACCUGGACCGCGUGGACGCCUUGCUGCUGACCCACGCCGGCGCCGACAACCUGGGCGGCGUCAACGGUUUCCUGGACAGGAAGGCGGCCGAGACGCGGUUAGACACGAUGAGUGACGAGGGCUCCGCGAGGCUCAUCUCACCGGAGCUCGGGGUGGUCUUCUUCAACGCUCCCGGAAGCUUACGGGUGGAACGGCGGUCUUCCGAGUUGAAGGUUUCCAAUUGUGCGGACAACGUCGCGAAGAAUCUAAACCAGGCAGCCGUCACCACCCUACGCCUGUUGAACGAGUUAAACAUCCAACCCCAGCCCAUGUUUCGACCGGCGGCGGUCCCUCCGGAGCCCAUCACCUUGUUCCAAAAAUUGGGUGUGGGACAGCUGGACUUGUACAUCCUCACUCCAGCCCAAAACAGCCAAGAGUACCAGACGCUGGUGCGGGACUGGUCCGACGGGGCGUCGCCCCGAGGGAUCCCCCUCGCCGCCCUCGCCCCGGUGUCCGCCCUCCUCGUGUGGCACCCGGCUUGCCCUCGCGAGAAGGUGGUCCGGGUACUGUUUCCGGGCAUUACUCCGCAGUCCAAACUGCUGCGGGGCCUGGAGAUGCUCAAGAGCUUGGCCUUCCUAAAGAAACCCACCGUGACUACCGGCGACCUGGAAAGGAUGGGCCACUUUGGGAAAACUCAACGGACGGAGAGCCAGGACGGUGUCCGUUCCCAAGGGAAGGAGGUGGCCAACAAACCAGGAGAAGAGGCUAAGAACACGAGGAAACUAUCGGUCGCGGAAAAGAAGGGCUUCAAGAAAGCCAGUGGGAAGGAGGCUAAAAAGAAUUCAAAGCAGGGAGAACACGUCGUCCUGAGGAACGGCGCGGGGACGAAGGAGACCCUCACGUCCAGACCAAAGAAUGACAACAAAACAAAGCUCAAAAACGACUCCAAAACGGAGUCCAAAAAGAUUAAGAAGACACCCGGAAAGGACGGCAAGAACGCACGCGUCCAGACCCAACGUAGCCACUCCAGACCAGACAACGAGGCCACAUUAGAAGAGUCGAAACACAAAAAAGAGCCCCACCGUGCCUCCAAAACAUCAACCCCUGAGGAUAUGACUCCCGAUUUCCUCCGACUUCCAGAGGAAACGGAAAGAGAAGAGGCGGAUACGGCGGAUGGGAGGAAAAAGACAGGCGGCGGCCCAGGGAAGGGGACCGCAGAAACUCUCGGAGAAGGUGCAAACGUGCAGGGCGCUAAGACCGCAGACCGACUCGGAGUCGCUAAGAAACCGGCAAAAGUGGUCGGAUUCCCAACCCCGUUGAAACAGGCGCCAAAGAACGAGCCCGGCAUGGACUUGGACUUGACCCCGACCGAGUACACCCUCCUGGACGGUGCUUUGAGGAGCAGUCCGCCCUCGCGAUCCUCCUCCGAUAACCAGGCCACCUCUGAGGAGAGGACUGUCGGGCAGAGUUCUUCGGAUUCCCGGCCCAACAGCGCCGGCCACACUCCUUAUUGUCUGUCUCCGGAUGACAAGUGGUGCAACAGAGUCGGCCAAACCGACCCCAGAGAGAAACAGCUGAGUUUCCUCUCUCUGGGGCCCUUGAAGGACGGGGCCUCUGAGCCGUCCGCCUCCGUGGCCAACACCGCCACCGUCGCCACCUCCACCCACUCCAUGCCGGCAGAGGUGAGCUCGCCUCAGUCCACCGAAGUGGACGAGUCCCUGUCCAUGUCUUUGGAGCACGGCCCCGCCCCGGGAAGUCAGCGGGAGGCGGAUGACGCCGGCCAUCAUCCCAACGGUGGUCAUUUUGCCGCCGUGUCCAAGAAGCCUCUCAGGUCUUUGGCGUCGGAAGCGGGGCGGCCUCCGGUUCCGGGCACCUUGCAUUUUGAGGCGCCGGCUCACGACGUGGACCUGUGUCUGGUUUCCCCUUGCGAGUUUCGCCAUUUCAAAGUGCCAGACUCCGGCUCGGGCGACAACAUCCGCAAGGUCGCCGCCAAGGACGCGACGCCGGGCGAAUCAAACGCCCCCGUCUGCACGGAGGACUGUCCGUCCACCACGGGCGACGGAGUCCUGGACUCGGACGAGGAGGAGUCGUGCGGUAUUCCGACAACCCCGGGCGCCUGUCAGGCCUUACCCCGGGACCCGCUUCCCGCCCGGCUCAGGGAUAGCCCGCCUCUGCCUCCGCGUCCCGACACCACCAUGCCCGUCCCGCAGUCUGACGUCGGCGCUCACGGCAAGAAAGUAAAAUCGAGUGGCGUGCGAGGGAAAACACCCGGGGUUACGGAUUCCUCCCCGAAGGCGAGCCCGGGGAAAAUCCAGGUCGUAAACGUCAUCACAAAGGCUAAAAAGGACGCGACGUCGUCACGCGCGUCCAACACCCGCACGUCAAAAUCGACGCCGUCAGAGUGCCCCUCCUCCACCGAGGACGCGAGCGUCUUCGUGGACCUGGCCUACGUCCCCUCCGGGGCGGCGUCGCCCACCGUGGGCGUGGACUUCUUCAAAAGUGUCCGCUCAUCCUGCUACGUGGUUAGCGGCGACUGCCCCGAGAGGGAGAAGCUCAUGCGGCAAACGCUGGACGCGCUGCUCCACGCCAAGACGGGCUGGGAGCACGCCACGCAGGUGACACUGAUCCCCACCUUUGAGUCGCCGGCCAUGCAGGACUGGUACCAGCAGACGGUGGAACGUCAGAGGGAGCUCGGCGUGCUGGUCCUGGGCUCCAACAGCACCGUGGCCAUGCAGGACGACACCUUCCCGGCCUGCAAGAUUGAGUUCUGAACAACCACUGCUUCGUAUUUGGACCCGGCCUUCCUGUGUAGAGUUUGCAUGCCCCCCGCCGUGCCUGCCUGAGUUUUCUCCGGGUACUCCGGUUUUCCUCCCACGUUCCAAAAACAUGCAUGGCAGGCUGACUGAACACUCAAAAUUGUCCCUCGGUGUGAUUGUGAGCGCGAAUGGUCGUUCGUCACUGCGUGCGCUGCGAUUGGCUGGCGACCGGUUCAGGGUGUCCGAAGACCGCUGAACUCUGGCAUGCCCGCGACCUUGGUGAGGAUAAGUGGAUUAGAAAAUGGAUGGACAGAGAGCGUUUCAUCCGCAUCAUCAGGGAUUAGUGAAACUAAACCAAACCCAUUCCAGGCUGCUAUUGUGAUUGUAAUCCGUUGAUACUGUCGCUGCUUAAAUGGGAUUGUAACGCAAGAGAACAUUUGCUUGUUGUUGUCGCCCAUGUCAUGAUUGUCACAUAGAUUAGAGUUCUAUUUUGUCAAGCCCUGGCUGAUUGAAUCAUCUGAUAUAAUUAUUAGCUCUUUAAAAAAAUAAAAAGAAAAAAAUCGGACGAUUUUUUGUUGAUUUAUGAAUAUUUUUAGUUUGUAACACUAUUCAAACAAUGACUUUCAACCCUCUCACUCCCCAAAACAUUUUUUUUGGUGCUGAUUUCUCUUUCUAUUGUUAACUGUAAAGGACAAAGUACUACGAACCAGUCCAAUAUUCUGCCUGUAAUUCCAAUCUUUAUUGUAUUUUAUUUUUUACUUUGGGGAUAAAAAAAAGAAGCAAUUUUCGUGAUUAUAUUUGGAUUAAUCUGCUGAUUAAUCAGUUAUCAGAAUUUGAUUCUGGAAAAUAGUGCAAUCUGCCUAAAAAAAAAAAUCUGUAUCAGUCGGGCCGUAAUAUUUUGCGCAUCACAAAGAGUGACGGUGACGUUAUGUGAGUAAAAUAAAUAAUAUUUGCCUUGAAAAGAAA